GAAUUAAUUAGUAACAUAUUAAUAGCACAUGUUUUACCAUUAAUUUGGUAGUCACCAGAAUGCAUAUUUUGCUUAGGAAGCGUGUAAUUACCUCAGUGUAUGUUUAGUUGAGGUCAGCUUAGAUGAAUCUGGGAUUCUGUUUUUAUUUAGGGUGGACUAUUAUACCUCGCAGUCGACUGGCGUCACCUAAUCGAUGAAGAAGUCGGUUUUCUGGAUAACUGUGCGAGGGGCAGUGGGAUCAUAUGGGACUCACAGAGCAGGCGAGUACACAUUCUGGAGGACGCUAAGAAAAAAGAUCCCGCAAAUAUUGCAUGAAAGACAUUCAGAACAGAUAUUAUUGGCCACACUGAAAAGGCUGACGAAUUUAAACAAGCCUAGUCGUUGCAAUGCGUGGGUGUGUGCAAUAUAAGGAGCAAGAGGAAACAAAAUAAGCAUAGUUACAUCGCCAAUAACACUUCGGUCAUGUAAUGUUUCUGCUGUGUACCAUAUAGUCGCUUCUUGUUUUUGAAAUCGUCUGCUUUGAAGCAUGCAAAUCUGUGGAAACCUGCUAUUCUAAUAAAAUUCAACAAAUAUAGCGGCUUUUAGCAAAACCUGUGUUUAGUUUCCUUGCUGCAUAUUAUGAAUGCGCUGCAUGUGGAUACCGCUGUAGGAUUCGUCUCCAGUGAAACGUCACCGGCUGUUCUGUUAUUCAUGUUUAAACUAUCUUUAAGUAACUAUGAGGCUCUUGUCGGGUCGUUUCAACAGAAGGAGAUAACCGUGUUUCUUGUGACGGCAACUUAAAAACAGUUCGAAAAAUACAUAGCUGUCUUAUGUAUGGAGAAAACAUGGGAAACACAGAAGAGCGGCUGAACAGCAGUAUGGACGAAGAGAAGUACAGGACACUGGCGUACGACACGGCGUUAAGUACUUUACUGGCAGUUGUGGUAUACGUGGUGGUGAAAGUGAGUUUGGAUGGAAUCAGGCAGUGGAGGGCACGAGUCUCGGUUCUGGUCGUGGGUUCUGGUCCGGUAGGGCUGACCGCUGCCUUAGUCGCUGUCCGCUCUGGAAAGGUGCUGAAACUGACUGUACUGGACGAACGCUAUCGGACUGCUCUGCUGUGCAGACCCCAGCAAAUCGCUUUGGACCCCCGGAGCGUGAAGUUUCUACUCCGCCUGGGGGUCGAUUUUGACAACAUGGAAGGCUGCUGGCACAAUGACCACUUCUUCACUAAGAUCGGAGUGUUUCAAGAAUAUCUUUUGAGCAUUUUGGAGCACAAAAAACAGAAGGUUGAUAUCAAGAUCAACCUGGGCACAAAGUUCACAGAAGAUUAUCUAAAAAAGAUCCCAGCGCAGGACUGGCCCCGGAUCAUUGUCGUGGCAGAUGGAUCUUGCGGGGAAUCCUGCUCUGUUCUCGGGAUCAGCUCGGACUACAUUGUGGAAUCCUGUAAUGCCUAUGGAGCCAACGCAGCCAUAGAAAGACUUGAUCAGAGACAGGUUCCCACCCCUGAGAUACGGGCUCACAGUUUGUAUUUUGAUCUCUCUGCCUAUGGGGUUGACCUGUUUGCUGGAGGGAAAGACCCACAGAACUCCCAACAGGCACCGGUGAAGCCAGGAUUCCAUCUAAAAAUCUAUGGAACAUUCCGCAAUCGAUACAUGGCAUUAGCUUGUCCUGCAUCCGACUCCAGGGUGGUCCGCUUCCUACGUCAUACUGCAAACUCAUCGAUCAUGAAGAACAUAUUCCACCAAUCUUUCAACGCAUACAAGACAGACAUUGAGGCCAGAGUGAACGACCUGACACUGCAUCACCUGCAGUGCAGCCGCAGGCUCUUUGAGAUCAUGCUGUCUCACAGGAGGAUCAACGCAGCGUACAUCGAGGGCGACAAUGUUGCGGUUACAAUUGAGGGAGAGGCAGUCAGGGUGUUGAAUUUCGACACGGGCUGUGGCGUAAACUUGGGCUUGAGAGGACUUGAGUCCCUGGAGACAUUUAUUUACAAAACCGCUACCGCCUUGGACCAGAACGACGUGUUUGAGGCACUUUCUGCAAAAAUACAGCAUUCCAAACAGGUGGCAGAAAACUUCAGACAGACUGGACUCGUCACAACAAUGUUUGAAUAACGAGGGAACGAGGAACCGCUUCACAAGGUUGUUGUGGAAGUUCUGUACUGAAGAAAGAUCACUACAGAGUUGCACACACUGAAAGCACAGUGGUUGCAAGGGAUAACUAUAAUGCCAGUUAAGAAAGGGCCCUGUUACAUCAAUGUUUACACAGUCAGGCUGUCAUCAAUUGUAGAUGACUUGUUAAAACAUGUUUUAUUCCUGUUGAAAUUCAUCAUGACUCCCCCCAAAAUAUGGUGGUGGAUCUUUUCACUUCUCUUUCGUAAUUUCUAUUCUGUAAUCAAAAGUUCAAGUGUAAUGCACCAGGCCCACAUUACAUAAGUGCACUGAAAAGAUAAACACAAGAGGAUCUGGCACCAUUUUGGUUUUAGCUUUCCAUUCAUUUAAACAAAAGCUUUUGAACACUGAUCAAUAAGUACAUAUUACAGCACUAGUAAAUAGUUCAUGCAAUCCAUAGUGGUUGCUGACCCCAGUGGUCACAAUUAAUCAACCCUUAAGUGAAAUAUAAACCGUGAUUUCAAAAUAUAUAUUUUAUUUGAUAAGGUAUGAAGUUUAAGUAUAAAGAGCUAAUAAAACAGUUCCACACUCCCAUUCCUAAUGGUAAAUAUGGAUUUUGGAUUUGAAAACAUAGGGUACCACAUUCACAAAGUACUUAUCACUUUUUGCCGCAUUUUUUUUCCCUCUAUAAUAAAAAUGAAAGUGAACAGUGCUACAGAAUAGCAUUAGCAAAAAAAGAAGAGCUCUUAAAAUAUCCUCCUCAAUUAUUUACAGUAUUUAAAGCUUUUGCCUGAGCACAGGGUUAAAUCUUUGUUAAUAAAGCCUUAAUAAAAACAUGAAUACAGCAUUCUGACCUUUUAAGAACUUCCUAGUAACUCCCAGCCUCCCAUAUCCUCCCGAGCAGCAUAUUUUCUUGUCGUCAACUAAACAGAAGCUGCCACUUAAUGAGUGACAGACACGAUUGGAAGCCUUUACCCUUUCCCCCAAGAUUUACUAUAUACAUCCUAUUUAAACCUACAUUGGAAUUGACAUAGUGUAGAACAAGUCUGAAACUUUCCAAAAAUAAAGUAGUGAAAUAGCUACUGUAUCCUCCUAUUACCACAUAUUCUAUUUUAAAAUCAGAAUACAUGUUGGAUGUCUGUUGCCUUGAACCCUAGAAUUUGGCACCUGCAGUACACAAGAACAAUACAACAAGGCACUAGUUGGUAACAUUCAAAUAAUAAUAAUAAUAAUAAUAAUAAUAAUAAAAAAACUCUGCUUUCUCUGGCAGAUAAUAAAUGUUUACUGCAAAUCCUGAUGGUUCCCAGUGGAUAGUUUAGGGCCUUAAAACAGCCAAUGAAAUGUUGUAAAUGGUCUUUGUUGUCAUUGGUACUGUGCUCCUGCAAUCUAAUGUACUGUAACAACCUUUGUAUAAGUCUAUUUUCUAGGUAUUUUUAGGGGGUCCUAAAAAGGGGGAGACUUAUACACCGGUGUUACCUAUAGGCUUUUUCCUGAAACAUAUCUCAAAGAAUGUAUACACCGGUUCUUAUGGUAUAUUGGUAUGCUGCUGCCAUGUUCUUUCUGUACGUUUUAUUAUGAUUUUAGAGAACUUACUAUUAAGCCCAAUUGUUGCAACAAACAAACAAAAAAAACACACAAUAUGUAUUGGUUUACUCAACUACUACAGUACAUUGCAAUGGAAUGAGUUACUAUUUUAGUUCAGCGAUAACUUGGUCAAUACGACAGAGUAGAAGAAUUCUUCAACAGUAUAAAUGGUGCCUAGCAUUAUACGAGAAAAGGUCAUAUUAUCAGAGAUGCAAAGGUCAGAACAUCCAAAUGAGUGAGAUUUAAAAAAAAUAAAAUAAAAAAAAAUACUCCAUUAAAAUGCAUUGCCUAUUCUUUUAGGAGUUAAACAGAUAAAACUGAGGCCAACCAUGUUCCUAAAAUAAGUGAGUCUCACUCCAGAUGAGUGAAACGUGACAUGUCUGUAUUAUCAAAUGAUAAUGAGGAAGGGUGUUUAGUACUGGCAUUUACGGUUUUCCAGUGAAGCUCAAAGCAAGAAUUAUAAUUACUCAUUUGAAGCAAUGUGUACUUAAAAAAAAUCAAAGGGGUUAUUACUCUGCUCUUAUCAACAUUUUGCACACUCAGGUAUCAACCCAUUUUGACACCCUAAACAGCUGUCCAAGAGCUAGCCUCGAGCUGCUGAGAUUUUCUUUGAGGCAAGAAUGAAUGAUCCUCUUAAUAUAAAGACUGGGGAUACUUAUUUUUACUGGCGCAUUAAUGAACUGCUUUUAGUUUAAUGUUGAGUUCCCUAGCUUCUCUUGGGCUUUCAUUGCAUUGCUUGAUGUUUCAAAACUAUUCCAUGUUCUCCCUUUUUUGUUCUGAGUUUAAAGGAAUCCACCACUGCUGGAGCUGGCAUUUGGACUGGCUGUUAAUGCAUACAGCAAUUCCAUCGAAUUGUUUCACAUAUAUUCUCAUUUUGCUUGUGAAAGGCACAGGUCUGAACUGCCACUCGGUCUCGUUCCAUUUAGUCAGGCUGGCUCUUGGAAACAUUAUCAUAUUAGUUGGUGGUUUGGAUAAGACACAUCAGCUUUCCUCUCAGUUUAAUUUUAUAUUAGAAGUGGAACUGAGAUUCUAAAUGACUCCCUGAAGGAUUGCAAGAUGGAAUCAUUUUGGAUUUGUCCAUCCCUACAUUCUUUUAACCAGACCAGUGGUUUCUGAGAAUAGAAGCAGGUACAUCAUUAAGGGAAAAUAAUAUGUGCAAUGGAACAUACACAAAUUCAUACGAGCUCAAAUGAAAUGCAGAUUAUUCUAUUGAAUUCUCAUUGGUCUAGGGCAAAACCUUUUAUGGCAGUUUUCUGAAAAUUCUUGGAUUAGUGACGGCUUCUAUUUGAGACUAUUGGAAAUUGUAUUUUGGUAUGUUUAGGAUGCGUUGUAUAGGAUUUCUGUGGAAAUAAUGUUUGUGGUUGUUAGGUGUUCAACCUUUAAGCUUUCAUGUAUUAUCUUAUGGUACAAGCAAGAUUUUUUAAAAGUAAUAUAUUUGUUUCCCUUAAACCAGCAUAUAAAACUCUUGAACCUGAAGCCAGAAUUAACUACCAGUUCUGUUCAGCUCUCAAAGCUAAUAAUAAAUGCAGUGAUAUGCUCAAUGCUUGUAUGAAAUCAAAACAUGAGACAAGCUGAACUGUUCCUCACAUUAGCUGUUUAAGAAUGUCAUCAUGUGCCUAUACUGUAAAAUAUAAAUUGAAUGAAGUGUGAUUCUUUCAUAACCAAUAUUGAGACUGUAACUGUUAAUGUGUUACAACACUCAUGGAUAUCAACUUAGAAGGUUCUUUUAAGGACUCUUAAGUCUACCAAAGUGCUUAUUGCACUUUAGAUUUAGGGGAAUACAUAACCAUGUAAUGGCAUAGUAAUAAUGGGGUAAAUACCAAUAUUUCCUGGUCUUGCAUGGUAACUACUGGUGGAAUAAGUAUGUAAUUACAUGGAAAUGGUCUGUGACAGGGUGUUGCUAUGUAAUUACAUCUGGUAUCAAACCGUUGUUCACAAGUCUAUUUCCUUUGCCAUGUAAGAUCACGAAGCCUUGGUAUUAACCUGCUGUUACAAUGUAAUUAUAUGGCUAUUCAUGCCAUGUGAUCUAAAGAGUUAUCAUGGUUUCUUAUUAGUUUUGUAACAUCACUCUAAAGAGAUUUGCUUUAUGAAAUGAAGAGUAUUGUACAUAUGCGUGCAAGAAAAAUCAUUGCCAUAACUUCUACUAUGACAAAAUGUGGACAUUUUUUUUAGUCUUUGAAGGUAGCUGAAUAGUUCCAAAGGUGAUAAGGUUUACUAAUGGACUAAUGUUGAGUAAAUGCACAUGUUUGAGUAUGUACUCAAAACUGUCUGAUUUUUUUUGAGUAAUUGAAUAUGAAAGAAAACUUGUGUGAGUAAAUUGAAUCGCUCCAUUCAAAAUAAAUCUGUUUUUAAAAGGGUUUUCUAUUGUCAGUCUGU